AUGAAGCGGAAAUUCUCCUUCAACCUCACGCCUAUCAAAACGUCCCCGAAAUCAGACAAGGCGCUGAGAGAAGCGAUCGACGACCACGGUCCUCCACCGUCGCCUUUCGUCAAUCGCCGCUUGCUUGACGUUAAGACCGAGGCUGAGCUUCGAGCAUCUUGCGCGAUUGUAUUGCAGGGUUGCAGGCCGGCUGGGUUUGAGGAUGAGCCUCAUGGACCGACUUUGGGCUUCGACGCGAUUGAACCUUCGAUCACGGUCAGAGCAGCGGAAAAUUAUACCGCGCCCCUGGAUCACAUCUCUCAAGCACACACAUAUUGGCCGAACACCACCACCGAUCCGAGCAGAUAUGCCUACAAACCCGGCAAACCGCUAAAGGACAUCUUUUCCGACUCUUACGUGACGAAUCCUGCCGUGCUCGCAAACAGCAGCCGGAGGCGCGACGUCCCUGACAGCCGAAGUCUACCACCCAAAGUCCACGUUCAUUCAGACCGACCGAGGACAGCCCAAGGUGCCGACUCGGACAACGAAAGCUAUUCGACUCCGUUAACAGGCACGUCGGAGCGCUACAACAAUGCUUCCACCUCCUUCACCUCGGCCGCUGUAACGCCCGCUCGAAAGUCGAGAAGACCAUCGGAGCAUUCCUAUCGAGACCAAUCAGUUACAUCUCACGCCGACGCUGCAGCACCAGAAUGGACGAGACUGGGAUACGAAAGGGGAAGGCAAAGUGAAGAGCAGGAGCGUCGACGUCCUGUCAGCAGAGCUAGCUCCAAGGCUCGCAGUAUCACGUCAAAUAUUCGGGAUUACAUCCGUCCCAACAGCGCGUUGAGUCGAUCCUCGUCGAGAGACUCGAUCCGAAGUCGCAACUCCGCAAAGGAAACUGGACGCAGCCCGUCAAGCGGAGGCUGGCGCAGUUGGACCUUGCACCGAAACACCAGCAACAGCAGCAUCUCUUCCCAGGGUACGGGAGAAAAGGACAGGAGAGGGCGUGAAAAGCGCAAGCCCGAGAUCAACCUUAACCGGGAGCUGCCUCCGCUACCCAGUCUUGACAAUUGGGAACAGCAAAAGCCGGCGACCAACACUCACAUCGCAGCACUAAUGCGGCCAAAAGCCGGAGCUGCCACGCUUCAGCCGCCGCCAACCCAGAGACAAGUUUCGCAACCUCUACCAAGCUUGACCAAGGAGCAAAAGCGAAUCUCGCACAGAAAAACGCUUUCCGACGAUAUCAACAUCUCCAGCGGCCGUUCGUCAAGACCACUGUCCGGUCUCCAUAUUCAACCCGCGGUGGACAGUGAAAGCUCAUCGCGAGGCCCAGAUAUGGCACAGGGAGUGCAAGACAUGGACGACCUCAUGUCCGCAAUGGGCCGCACACUCAGCGUCGAACGCGCCAGAUCUCGGCGCUACGACAGCGGGCUGACGCAAGACUCCGGCUCCGGUCCCGCUUCGCUGACAUUCGCCCAACCAGCCGGUCGCCGAGAAUCCGUCAACUUCAGCAGAAAGAUUAGCACGGACACCGCGGGGCGCAGCUACGAUACGAGCCACCCUCGCCUCGUUGAGAUAAGCUCCGCCGACAGUAACAGAUUGCGCGAGAAGAAGUCGACGGGCUUCAGAAAAGUGAUCAAUGCGUUUGUGAGCGGGAGCAAGAAGAAGGAGAAGCCCAUGACAUGGAUGGAUCGGAUAGAGCGGGAGGGCGUCAAGGGCGGGAUCAUGUAUCAUGAUGAGGCUGCCGGGGCGCCGAUUGUUAGAUAUUAG